GUCUUUGCCGCGUCGUCCUGCGCCUUUAAGGGCCGCCGGCAGCUCUCUCGUCAUGCGCAAGAGCCGCCUAACCGGGAAGCGCUUGUGCGGCCGCCCAGAGGAGGAGGAAAAGCCACAUCCACCACGAACCGGCUCGUUGUGUGGGAAGCGGGUUUGAGGGGGGCAGUGAGAGGAAGCGGCGCGGAAAGGCCCGAAGCGCGGCGAGAGGCGGUUGCUUAGCGCCGAGGGACCCUUCUCCUCCCGCUGCCAUGGCGACGGCCGCCGACCAGGACUACUACUUGGCGCUGUGCGCGCGGCCCGUGCACUUCGAGAAGGCGAGUCCCGUGAACUGCGUCUUCUUCGACGAGGCCAAUAAGCAGGUUUUUGCUGUUCGAUCUGGUGGAGCUACUGGGGUCGUAGUUAAAGGCUUGGAAGACCGCAAUCCCAUCUCAUUCAGAAUGGAAGACAAAGGGGAAGUGAAGUGCAUCAAAUUUUCUUUGGGCAACAAGAUAUUGGCUGUCCAGAGAACAUCAAAGAAUGUGGACUUUCUGAACUUCAUUCCAGACAUCCCACAAAUAGAAUAUACUCAAGAAUGCAAGACCAAGAAUGCCAACAUUUUAGGAUUCUGCUGGACAGGCUCUGCAGAAAUAGUCUUCAUAACAGAUCAGGGAAUUGAAUUUUAUCAGGUGUUACCAGAGAAGCGAACUUUAAAACUUUUGAAGAGUCAGAAUAUCAAUGUAAACUGGUACAUGUACUGUCCUGAGAGUUCCGUAAUUCUUCUGUCUACCACAGUUCUUGGAAAUGUUCUACAGCCGUUCUAUUUUAAGGGUGGAACUAUGUCAAAGCUGUCCAAGUUUGAAAUUGAAUUACCUGCAGCUCCAAAGGCUUCCAAACUGAGCCUUUCUGAAAGAGAUAUUGCUAUGGCUACAAUAUAUGGGCAACUUUAUGUUCUGUACUUGAGACAUCACUCAAGGACAUCCAACAGCACAGGAGCUGAAGUAGUUCUUUAUCACUUACCAAGAGAAGGCUCCUGCAAGAAGUUGCAUAUAUUGAAGUUAUACAGGACUGGCAAGUUUGCACUAAAUGUUGUGGACAACUUGGUGGUAGUUCAUCAUCAGGAUACUGAGACCUCUAUUAUAUUUGAUAUCAGACUCAAAGGAGAAUCUGAUGGCACAGUUAUCCUUCACCAGCUUGUACUUCCAGCACGAUCUAUACAACCCUAUCAGAUUCCUGUGGCAGGUCCAGCUUCUGUAACCAGUCAGUUGCCAGUUCCCUGUAAACUCUAUUCUUCAUCCUGGAUUGUCUUUCAGCCUGAUAUUAUCAUCAGUGCAAGCGAAGGUUACCUCUGGAAUCUGCAAGUGAAACUGGAGCCUAUAGUAAAUCUCUUACCAGACAAAGGAAAACUAAUGGAUUUUCUUCUUCAGAGAAAAGAUUGCAAGAUGGUUAUUCUUUCUGUGUGUUCUCAGAUGUUAAGUGAACCAGACGGAGGAUCAUUGAGCGUGGUUGCUACAGUUUUUGACAAACUCAAUCAUGAAUAUAAGAAAUACUUGGAAGCAGAGCAGACUUACAACAUGGCACUAGAAACUGGACAGAGCAGAAGCAAUCCACCUCCCAAACGGCCAGUUCGUACCCAGGCAGUUAUUGAUCAGUCAGACAUGUAUACGCAUGUUUUGUCUGUCUUUACUGAAAAAAAGGAAGCACCUCACAAGUUCACUAUAGCUGUCUUAAUGGAGUAUAUUCGCUCACUCAACCAAUUCCAGAUAGCUGUUCAGCAUUAUCUAUAUGAACUGGUUAUCAAAACCCUUGUUCAGCACAAUCUAUUCUAUAUGCUUCACCAGUUCUUGCAGUAUCAUGUUCUCAGUGAUUCAAAACCUCUGGCCUGCUUGUUACUGUCGUUGGAGAGUAUUUACCCUCCAGCACAUCAGCUCUCCCUGGAUAUGUUAAAGAGACUUUCUACUGCAAAUGAUGAAAUAGUGGAAGUUUUGUUGUCCAAACAUCAGGUACUGGCUGCCUUGAGAUUCAUCAGAGGCAUUGGAGGCCAUGAUAGUAUUUCUGCUCGAAAGUUUCUUGAUGCAGCAAAGCAGACGGAAGAUGAGAUGCUAUUCUAUACCAUAUUCAGGUUCUUUGAGCAGAGAAAUCAGCGAUUGCGUGGAAACCCUAGCUUCACUCCAGGAGAACACUGUGAAGAGCAUGUUGUGUUUUUUAAACAGGUUUUUGGAGACCAAGCACUAAUGAAGCCUACUGCUUUCUGAAGUAGAAAAGCUAUACAAAAUGUAUAAACUUAAUUUAUUGCAUUUUAUGUACUGAUACUUUUGACCUACAAAAAUUCCUAUUUUAUAAUAAAGUAUAUAUACACAGAGA